UUAAAGCCCACAAAAAUUGUAGCCCAUAAUUGGAACCCCGAAAUCCAAAUCUCAGCUUAAUCCCUCCUCCAAGACGCGGGAAAUCAAAAAUCAUAACGCAGGGACUAAAACAGAAAAAAAUAUUCAGCAAAAAUGGAGAGACCGAACUCUAACAGCGACUUACACAGUCUGCUAAAAGCCAUCAAAUCUUCAGAAGUAGUAGAAUGCCAGGUUCAGCUGAUUGUUAAACUCACUGAGUUAGAUUUACCUGACAAAUCCGACGUCGCGUUAGUUUUUGAUUCUCUCACAACACUUUGGGAUGAGUUUACUUGCUUGGAUGUAUCACAGUGUUUGUUAAACAAAGCUAUAAUUCAGGUGGCUUCGAAAUAUGUAGAUUUGGACUUAUCGGGAUGUUUACUGCUACAAUUUCCUGAUCUUGGCACUAAGGCAAGCCUAUGGUGCGGGAAGCAUUUGAAAAUGACUCUUAUGUCAUCUGCUGAUUCUCAAGAAGAAGAACAUAGUGGCAUUUUCUUUCAGCUGCUUUUGGAAUUUCUAAGCCUCUCUGCGUCCAUUUUGAUCAAUUUGACAAGAUACCCUGUAUCAACUGACGUUGAUUCUGCAGUUAUUGUUGAAAGAUUCGUUUUGGAGCAGCUAAAUUUUACAAAGGAUGUAGUAUCAGAAGCUAAGAGAAUCAGUUGUGGCUCAGAAGUACUGAAGGCUGCACAAAUGGUGAUUGAUGCUGUGAUCAGACUGUGCAAGGAGUAUUUCCUAGCUGUGAAUUGGGAUAACUGCGGUGGAAGAUCUGGGAAGGAAGAGAGCAGCAUAGAUCCUAUAUUGGACAACUGUAGGAAUCAUGUUAUAAACAUCACAAAAUGCACUAUAGAGAACUUAUAUAAACUAGGCAUUCUUGCAGCAAAUGACGGUGGAAGUUUGGUAACGAUUCUUAAUGUGUCAUGGAAAGGUGUGGUUACUUUGCUUCAGCAAGGCAAGCAAGUGCUAACUGAUAGGGUAUGCGUGCAAGAUAUUCUUAUAACCCUAAUUUCACUUGUCAAGGAACCUCUUAGACGUACAUCCAUGGCUUGGUCUUCGGUGGAGGAAACCAUUUCUACAACUGAUUGUAGAAGGACAUUUCUUCCAGUUAAAUUUUACCUCAUUAAUGCGAUGAAAUUAUCCACCUUAUAUCCAUGUCAAGCAUUACUCAUUUACAGGGAGGUGGCACAUUGUGUCCUCAUGAUCUCAACCUUCAGGAUUAUACUAAGCUUUCAAAAGCUUUUGAAUACUGCAAGUCAAGUGUUCUCCGAACUUCUAGAGAAGACCUCCAUGGAUUUCCUUACUUCUUUACUGAAUUCAGCUGAAGUGAAACAGGAGCAAAAAUUUGAACUUCUGGACUGGCUGUUCACGGAUGAAUGCCUCUCAAAUUAUAGUCAUGGUGAUUCAAGUAGUUUUUAUAAGAUAACUUCCGUGGAUAAAACAUUUUCUGCAAAUUCCGAAUCUGUAUCUCAAGAUAGGCUAUUGCUGCUUGGUCGCGUUGCACUAUUUCAUACUUUGCUCAGGUAUUCUGUUUGUCUCGAGGAAGACAUACGGAACAAUAUAACAAGAAAGCUUGUGUGGGUUUUGGAUGUAUUAGUUAAUGAAGAGGUGUAUUCUUCAAUUCUUGAUUUGCAAAUACCUGUAGCAUAUGGUUCUGGUAAAACAGCUGAAUUGGUUUGGCAGCCUAUUUUUUCUUCCGUCGUGGAUGCAAUAAAAACUUUCAUGAUUUUGGUAUCUUCAACUUCUGGUUGGAUGGAGUUGGAGGAUUUUCUGCUUGAGAAUCUUUUCCAUCCACAUUUUCUUUGCUGGGAGGUUAUAAUGGAACUUUGGUGCUUUUUGCUGCGUCAUGCUGAAUCUGACAUGGUAAAUAACAUUCUCAAUAAAUUUUUCUCUUUAAUGAAGCUACUGGCAUCUCCAGAAUCAGUUCAUAUUCCUGCUUCUCCCCUGAGAAAAAUAGCAAGAAUUAUCUGCUUGCUUCUUACAAAUGGGUCUUCAUCUAUGGUGGACCAUGUCUAUCGUUCAGUCGUUGGUGAUGACAAAUCUCAAUUGUCAUCAGUCAUGUAUAUAGCCUUGCUCUUGGAAGGUUUUCCACUGAAUGUAAUGUCAGAUAACUUGAGGAGUGUUGCUAAACAGAAAAUCGUUACCGAUUAUUUUACCUUCAUAGGAACCUCUGGUAACAAACUGUCGACUGCCUGCAGUUCGAGUCUAUCGGCGACUCCAGUUUUUGCCCUGUCGGCUUCGCUGCAGUCACAACAAGUUAGCAUAUCUGAUGUUGACAUGAAGAGCCUCAGCUUUUUAGUUACAACAAUUCGCAACUUGAAAAGUGCUGUGGAUAAACCAAUGAAACAACAUUAUCACAUGCUUUUAAGCGAGACACUGGGGAUCAUCUCGAAUUUAAAGCAUUUAUAUACAUCUGAUGAGAUGGAGGAAGUAAUCUUGGAGCUUCAAAACCUGUUUAUCUCAGGGCCAGCCGCCUCUGAUCCUCUGUUGUAUCAAUGCAAACCGUAUCUGGCGCUUUACAUGGGAGGACUUGGAGACAUGGAGAUAUCGGAAAAGGAUGAUUGUGCAAAAAGCUGUGCCGUGUGGGAGUUGUAUCACAUGGUAUUCAAGGAACGACACUGGGCGCUAGUUCAUCUCGCAAUUGCAUCAUUUGGAUACUUUGCUGCUCGUACUUCUUGCAACGAGCUUUGGCGAUUUGUGCCCCAAAAUGCAGCUCUUUGUUAUGAUGUUAUGUCCGGAAAUGACACAAAUGUGGAGAGAUUUAUGUCCGAGUUAAAAUCAUUUCUCGAGAAGGAAACAGCUCUUCUCAUCGCUGAUCCUAGCUUUGAGCAGCUUGAGUUGCUUAUGAAAGAAGGUGCGGUACUGAAAGAAAUGGUUCAGAGAGUUGCGAGCAUUCAGAUAGAGGCCAUGGAAUGUGAAGAAACUGAUGUCGACCUCCAAUCGAACAAGAGAAGGAAACUUCCUGAUGGAAUCAGCAAAGGAGUGGAAAUACUCCAGAGCGGCUUGAAGGUGAUCGGCGACGGUCUUUCCCAGUGGCAGCAGAAUCAGAUGGAUUCCUCUGAACAUCAUGAUAAGUUUUUAACUCAUUUUUCUCAACUGCAAGAUGUCAUUACUCGCAUUAUUAGCUUGACCGAUGAAUAGUUAUACUUUUCGCUUGUAUGUUGAAGUAUUGUUCUUCGAGGCUUAGAAAAACAAAAAAACUACUUCAAUUGUAUAGGUACAUGUAAGUAAAUACUUAAUCUAACAGAUGUGAUAUUCCCUCUCAAAAAAAAAAAAACAGAUGUGAUUUUC